CCCUCGAGCACUAAAGCGCGCAACCGCCAACGCGUUAAUUAGGUUAUAUUCUGCUUCGCUGCCGACUCUCACUGACCUUCACAACAUGGCGCCCUCGAGGAAGCGCGAAAACCGCGAAAACCAGUUUUAUGAUGUCGGCGUCCAGGGCCGGAAAACUGGCAUCACACUUGAGGAUAGAGGUGUGCGCGACGAGCAUGGCCUCGAACCUAUCUCCGGCAUCUUCUCCUCACCGGAGAAGUCUCCCCCAAAACGCGCAGCGGCUCUCAGGAGCGGGACCAUCACGGGGUCGGAGUCGAUGGACAUACAAGAAAGUUCUCUCCCAGACCUCGCGACGUCCACCCGCCUUGUGCGCAACGAACGAACACACCUACCCCCACCAAAGUCGCGUUCCCCCAUGAAGACCACGCUCGGCUCCUCUCCGCGCCGACAGUCGUCCAUGGGCCCUAGAGUGCAGCCAGUCAACAACGUGUCCAGUCCAUUUCGUGCCGCAUCACACCCCGCAGUCAAUCGACGUCUCGAUUUCGAUCAAGAGGAAUCCAGCUUGCAGGAGACACCAGCGCUAAGUGGCUCCGCACAGCGCCGUGGAAUGCGUCGUGGAAUGCGCCGCGAUGUGUAUGACAUUGAGCCUUCACCAAUCCGUGCCCACAGCGCUGUGCUCGAGGAAAGCAUGCAAGAGGAGAUCACAUCGAAUGAGGAUUCCAUAAUGGUAAAUGCAAUUGCGGAAGAGAGCUACGUCGCGGACAUAGGAAACGACUCCCUCGCUGGUGCGCAGAUCGACGGUACUGAUGAGGUGGAAGAGUCUGAGGUAAUCCCUCUACCAGUCAAGCAGCCAGAGAAGAGGGGCAGGAAACGAAAGAGUGAUGCAGUAGAGUCAGCGGCGGAAGAGGAGCAAGAAGCGCCGAAGACACGAAGGCGAGGAGCUGCGCCGGAAAAGGUUCCGGAGCCACAGAAGAAGAGCAAGAAGUUCGUCGCGCCCCGAAGGUCGAAACGCGUCUCGGACAUGACGGAGGAAGAGUCGAGCGCAGCACUGGAUACGACCGGAGGCGCUUCAGAGCUAGUAGAGGAUGCCUCUGUUGUAUCUAAGGCUCGAGGACGGCCCCCAAAAGCGAAGUCACAACCCGAGAAGCCUGUACCUCUGGAGAAGAAGGGCAAGGCGAAAGAGAAGCAAAAGGAGAAAGAGGACGAGGAAGAGCCUGUAUUCAAGAAGCCAAAGGGUUUAACUAAACCCAAGAAGAAGGCAGAUCCUACAACGAACGGCAACGAGCCAGAGAAGGAAGAAGUCGAGGGCGGUAAACUCGUCGAUGUGUACGGGAACCCCAUUUCCCAGGCCGAUCUCGAUCAGAUGUCUACCACAUCAGCAGGUUCGAGAUUUGGCCGCGGCCGACAUCUGUCAGUAUUCCGAGAACUUGACCCAGACACGGUUGCACGUAUAGGACGCACCGGCAGGCAUCGCGUUAAGCCAAUCGACUUCUGGAAGAACGAGCAAAUUCAGUACGAUCCCGAGGGCAAUAUGCAAGCAAUUGUUCGCAACGAGGACAAAGAGCCCGCGCCCCGAAAGCAUGGGCUAGGCAGGGUGAAAGGCAAAAAGCGGGCUCUCACAGCGAUUGAGGAAGAGGAGGAGCAAGAGCUUGAGCCUUGGGAGGAGGACGAUGGCAUCUUCACAGGCAUCUAUCGGGAUUUCGACCCGGUCACCGAAGUCUCGUCCAGCGACCUUAUCGAAGCUACCGUUGCCUGGGCUCGGAAAGGUAUCCAGCCGGUGGAUGUCGCUGAUGCUUCGUUCAAGUUUACCAAAUUGGCAUCCGCUGGCGCCGAAAACUUCCUGAGCUGGGGAUGUAUCGAGCUACAAGCCGAUCAGAUGAAGCGCACGAAGAACUCCAGGCGCAUGCACAUGGUCUUCAAUGUCAUGAGCGGUGCUGUGGAAGUAAAGGUCCACGAAAACGUCUUCAUGGUCCACCGCGGUGGAGUAUGGCAGGUCCCUCGUGGCAACACGUACAGCAUCAAGAAUGUGGGCGCCGGCACGAGUCGCAUUUUCUUCGCCCAGGGUUGCGAGACGCGACCGUCCGAGGAAUGAGUCUGCUUCGAACUGACGCCGUCGGCCUUGCUCGCCUAGGCUACUAGCCCGCGCUCGCUCUUUCGCUUCCUCGGAUGAGCGGUGAAGAGCGCAUUCUGGCGGUGACGUCUUCUUUCUCGGCCGGAAGGACUGUUUGCAAUGGGCGCACAUGAGAUGACGGGGUUUUCCUGCAUCCCGGAAGCUGGUUUUCGCGAUGGUGUGGGGCCCUGUGUUUAGCUCGAUGCUGGCCGGCGUGCUUGUGGUUAAUGCGCGUGUGGACGCUGGAGAUCGGUAAUUUUAGGAUGCCGUCUACAAACUGCCCAAGUGGUGGCCUGUGGGAAACCGUGGUUUUGAGUAAUGAAUUGACGAUGGUGUUCAGGCUUCUUUCGAAAGGUUUGCCCUUUACUAAGCUAUGCGUCU